AUGAGCGCAUGGAGAAGUUUCUCAGGACUAGUUUAUGCAUCCAAGUCUUGUUACCGAUUUGUUUGUUUUGCAGCUAUACGAGUUUUCAAGCAAAUUGAUGAAGUGGGCUUUGUUUGGAGCUUGGAAGAGAUCCGAUUCAUCGAAGAAAGGAAUUUGUUGGCUGGGCAUUUGGCGCUUCUUCUGGAUAAAUUCGACAUAGCCGAGGGUUUCUUUCUGCAGUCGAGUAGGCCCUUAGAAGCAUUGGAUGUAAAUGCGGCGCGAUCUUUUGCACUGGGAAAAGGCACUGCAUUUGGCAACACGCUUGGCACCGCAACAAGUACCAAUGAUUUCAAAGGAAUACGCACAACAACUCGAGUUCAUGUUGGUUUCGUGUAG